GUGGGAGAGGACCCAGCUGGCCCCAGUCGCCACCACCAGCCCGAGCCCGAGCCACUACUACUAAAACUAGAGCCACAUAUCGUGCCCUCAACACACGAUGAUGGUCGUCGCCGCGACAUUCACCGUCCUGCUCGUCUCCCUCCUCUCCCUCGGUGCUGGCCUGCCCUCAGAGAGCGUAGCCACCCACAGCGAGGCGCUCUCUCAAGAGCUCCGUCAUGCCCUCCACACUGGCCACGCCGGCACCAACCUCAGGCAGGUCGCCCAGGACCUGAACCUUAAGAGCCUGGUGCUAGAGGAGUCCCAUAUGAUGACUCGGGGUGUCGAAGGCGACGUCAACCUUAUAUGUGUUAUGUGCCACACCGGCGUCAACGAGCUCCUCUACUUGGUGAACAACGGCACCGACCCCGACGUCGUCGUCAACUCUUUGAUCCUUCUGUGCGUCGACCUCGGCAUCUCCAAUCAUAUCUUCUGCGAAAGCAUAAUCAACGAGGUUGAGCCUCAGCUACUAUGGAUCCUGGAGAACCGGGCGCUGACGGCCAACGAUAUGUGCGGGAUGAUGUUGGUUGGGUUUGGCUGCCAUACCAACAACCCGGACCGCGUGUGGGAGGUGACCCUACCUGACGUGACCAAGCCUCCGGUCUUGGACCCGGUCCUCCCGCCGGACAAUUCGCCAGUGAUGAAAGUGCUGCACCUGGCCGAUACUCACUUUGACCCAUUCUACUUGCCUGGCAGCAAUGCGGUUUGUGAAGAGAAGUACUUCUGCUGCAGGGCAGAGAGCGGGCCUGUUAAUAAUCCGGAAGAUGCAGCAGGGAAGUGGGGAGACUACCGCAACUGUGACGCCCCAGAGUGGCUCCUGCAUGCACUGUAUCAGCAUAUCAACACCACAUACCCGGACUUGGAUUUCAUCAUUUGGACUGGGGAUCUUAUACCACACAUUGUAUGGAACACUUCACGGGAAGGUAACUUGGAAGUGAUCAGAUCAGCCGUCCAGAUGAUCCAUGACUACUUUCCUGGUGUGCCAGUCUUCCCAGCUAUUGGUAACCACGAGUCCCAUCCUGUCAAUGCGUUUCCGCAGCCAUAUAUUGACAAUGAGUUCGACAUUUCGUGGCUGUAUGAUGAAAUUGUGACACUUUGGGAGACAUGGCUGCCCCCUGAUGUAGCCACUAGCAUUGCCUACUCUGCCUACUACUCGACCCUCAUCAAGCCCGGCCUGAGGGUGCUGUCUGUUAACACCAACUACUGCUACGGCUUCAACUGGUGGCUUCUGUACGAUGAUGUGGACCCGGCAGAGGAACUGCAAUGGAUGGCAGCAGAGUUGCAGAAGGCCGAGGAUGUUGGCGAGAAGGUCUACAUCAUCGGCCACAUUCCCCCUGGUCAUGAGGACUGUACCAACACCUGGAGUCAUCAGUACAACAGGAUCAUAUACAGGUAUGAGUCGACUAUUGUGGGGCUGUUCUAUGGGCACACGCACAAGGAUCACUUUAUGAUGUUCUAUGACCCUGAGAUACCUGAGCGGGCAUACCACGUUGGCUACGUUGCCCAGAGUCAAACACCUUACAACAAGCUCAACCCUGGCUAUAGGGUCUACAGUGUAGACGGUCACUACGAUGGGUCAUCUUAUAGAGUGUUGAAUACUGAGAACUGGGUACUAGACCUGGAUGAGGCAAAUGAGAAUGAUGACCCAGACUUCUAUCUACUCUACACAGCAAAGGAGGCCUAUGGAAUGACAGACUUGUUCCCAGCAUCAUGGGACAACUUAGUGGACCAGAUGAAGGAGCCCAACAGUACUGUUUUCAAUGAUUUCUUUAAGUAUUACACUAAAGACGGCAGACCCUAUCGUGAGGAAGGGUGUGACAGCGAUUGCAAAACUUCUCUUCUCUGUCGCCUGGUUACCUCUGAUACUUCAGAUCCCUCACACUGUGAAGGCCUUUAAGACUGCAAGUUCUCACUGAUGCACUGCAAGUGUUCUAACUUAAGAAAAGACCACAGUUCAUAAGAGUUACUUAUUGUAAAAUUCAUGAGUUAUGCCAAGAAUAUACUGAACUGUAUAAAUAUUAUUGCAGUGUUACAAUACUGUAUUAUAAAGUUCACAUUCUGGACCUAAUGCUGGCAUAUAUACUGUAUUGGAAUGCACUAUUUUCAUGGAUGUAUUAAUAAAGUGCCAGGAUUU